CACCACUCAAGAUGAAGCUCGUAAGGUUCUUGAUGAAGCUCAACAAUGAGACGGUUUCGAUCGAACUCAAGAACGGUUCUGUCGUCAAUGGCACCAUCACCGGCGUGGACAUGCAGAUGAACACCCACCUGAAGACGGUUAAAAUGACCGCGCGGAACCGCGACCCGACGUCGCUGGACUCGCUUUCGAUUCGCGGAAACAACAUCCGCUACAUCGUCCUCCCCGACGCGCUUCCGCUGGACACACUUCUCGUUGACGAUGCGCCAAAACCAAAGGCGAGAAAGAAGGAUGAUGCGCGUGGGCGUGGGCGUGGUGGUCCACGAGGUGGCGGUGGUGGCGAUCGGGGUCGGGGGCGGGGCAGGGGCAGGCCUCGUGGCCGAGGGUUCUAAAGUCGAGCUGGGUCAUGAAAAGAAGAGGUUGCAAUUCGUUGUGCGUCACCUUUUGUCCCCCAUCGUCAAAACACUGUAUGUGCUCAAUGGCGUCGAACGCCUAGCACGUCCCCUACUCGUAUCCAUACCGAUUGCUACGAAAUGUUAAUGAGACUGCCUUUUUUUUCUUGAUCCUCGAGUAUGAUGCUUAUGCAUCAAUGUUGGCCAUCUCGCAGUUGAGCGCUUGAGCGCUGAGCCCUUAGCAUCACUCUCU